UUGGGAACAGUUCCGGGUGUGGGGCCCCGGGGGCGCGGUGGGGGCUGGCGCCAUGUCGUGCGCGCUUGUGCCCUUCUGCCACUUCCCGGAGCUUGAGGCUGCCCGAGACUUCCUGUGCCCGCACCUGCGCCAGCCCGGCGCCGCGGUCGCGCGGGACACUGCAGGCAAGUCAUCAAAUUGGGAAGAUGAUGGCUGGGGAGCCUGGGAUGAAGCAGAAACACAAGAACCAGGAGAAGAAGAGUCCACUUGCAAGACACAGACGAGUUAUUGGCUUCAGGACUGUGUAUUAUCGUUGUCACCCACAAAUGAUCUGAUGGUAAUAGCUCGUGAGCAGAAAGCUGUUUUUUUAGUGCCAAAAUGGAAAUACAGUGACAAGGGAAAGGAGGAAAUGCAAUAUGCUGUUGGCUGGAGUGGCUCUCUGAAUGUUGAAGAAGGAGAAUGUGUAAGUAGUGCCUUGUGCAUUCCAUUGGCAAGUCAAAAGAGGAGCUCCACGGGCCGUCCUGAUUGGACUUGCAUUGUGGUAGGCUUCACUUCUGGCUACGUUCGUUUCUACACUGAGAAUGGAGUGUUACUUCUUGCACAGCUUUUAAAUGAAGAUCCUGUCCUGCAGCUUAAGUGCAGAACGUAUGAAAUUCCCAGGCAUCCUGGAGUCACAGAACAGAAUGAAGAACUGAGUAUCCUGUAUCCAGCUGCAAUUGUAACUAUUGAUGGUUUCAGCCUCUUCCAGUCCCUUCGUGCUUGUCGUAAUCAGGUGGCAAGAGCAGCAGCAUCAGGCAAUGAGAACGUUCAGCCACCACCAUUAGCUUAUAAGAAGUGGGGCUUGCAGGAUGUGGACGCUAUUAUUGACCAUGCAAGCGUUGGUAUCAUGACUUUGUCUCCCUUUGAUCAAAUGAAGACUGCAUCCAAUAUAGGUGGAUAUAAUGCAGCUAUAAAGAAUAGUCCACCAGCCAUGUCUCAGUACAUCACUGUUGGGUCCAAUCCUUUCACUGGUUUCUUUUUUGCUUUGGAGGGUAGCACACAGCCACUAUUAUCUCAUGUUGCACUAGCAGUUGCUAGUAAACUGACUUCAGCACUAUUCAGUGCUGCCAGUGGCUGGCUUGGUUGGAAGAGCAAGCAUGAAGAAGAACCUGUGCAAAAACAGAAACCAAAAGUUGAACCUGCUACCCCAUUAGCAGUGAGGUUUGGACUUCCAGAUUCCCGACGCCGCGGUGAAAGCAUAUGUCUUUCUCCAUGUAACACAUUGGCCGCAGUAACGGAUGACUUUGGAAGAGUUAUUUUACUGGAUGUUACAAGAGGACUUGCAGUUCGUAUGUGGAAAGGAUACCGUGAUGCACAGAUUGGCUGGAUACAGACAGUAGAGGACCUUCAUGAACGAGAGACUGAAAAGUUGGAUUUUUCUCCCUUUGGGAAUGCUCAAGGUCCAAGUAGAGUGGCACAGUUUCUUGUAAUCUAUGCUCCAAGGAGAGGUAUCCUGGAAGUGUGGAGUACUCAGCAAGGACCCCGAGUUGGUGCCUUUAAUGUUGGGAAACAUUGUCGGUUGCUGUACCCUGGGUAUAAAAUAAUGGGUUUAAACAAUGUGACCAGUCAGGGUUGGCAGCCUCAGACUUACCAGAUCUGUCUUGUCGACCCAGUAUCUGGAAGUGUGAAAACUAUUCAUGUACCUUUCCAUUUAGCACUCAGUGAUAAAAAGAGUGAGCGAGCAAAGGAUAUGCAUCUAGUGAAGAAAUUAAGUGCUUUACUCAAAGCUAAAACCACAAAUCUGGAGUUGAUUGAAGCUGAAGCAAAGGAAUUAAUUCUUGAUAUCAAAUACCCAGCUACAAAAAAACAGGCUUUAGAAAAAAUACUGGCAAGUGAACGUGUGCCAUUCUCAUCUCUCACAAACAUUACCCAGACAUUGAUGGACACCUUAAAAAAUCAAGAACUUGAGUCUGUGGAUGAAGGCUUGCUGCAGUUUUGCUCAAACAAGUUAAAACUCCUUCAUCUUUAUGAGUUGGUCAGCAAACUGAAUUCUCUGAGUCUGCAGUCAGAGACUCCGAUUUCUGAUAACGACUUGGCUAAAUUACUCAGGCUAGAUGAAAAAGAGUUUGUUAGGUUUCAGACAUUAUUGGAAAACUACAAACAAGAGAACACCCAACCAACUGUUCGAUUUGCUGAGGAUAAAGAUAGCGUGUUGUCUGUAAAAAUGUUCUUGGAGUAUUUAGAAUAUGAAAAGGACAUGAUUAAUGUGAAGAAGCUGGAUGAAAGAGAGUAUGUGGCUUUAGGUAGCUUGUUUUUCUGGAAAUGUUUGCAUGGAGAGAGUUCUACAAAGGAAAUGUGCCAUACACUGGAAUCAUCAGGAUUUAGUCCUCAGGUUUUGCUGUCUCUGCUACUCACUUUGUGGCUUUCCAAGGAAAAGGAUAUUCUAGAUAAACCGCAGUCUGUCUGGUGCCUUCACACUAUGUUGUCCCUUUUGAGCAAAAUGAAAGUUGCUAUAGAUGAGUCAUGGGAUUCUCAGUCAAUUUCCCCCUGGUGGCAGCAAAUGCGCACAGCUUGUAUUCAGUCUGAAAAUAAUGGAGCUGCCUUAUUAUCUGCACAUGUUGGGCAUGCUGUAACUGCACAGAUAACUGACAGUGUGGCAGAGAAAAAAUUUUCCCAAACAAUUGUAGGCACUGACACAGACUCUUGGGAAGCACUUUCUCUUGAUACAGAAUAUUGGAAACUUCUUCUGAAGCAAUUAGAAGAUUGUCUGAUACUUCAGAUGCUAUUGAACAGUAAAGUGAGCAAGAGGACAACCAAAGUUUCCUCUCUACAGACUGAGUCACUCUGUAGACUCUCUGUAAAGAAGCUGCUUGAAGGCGGGAAAGGAGGUAUUGCUGACACUGUAGCAAAAUGGGUUUUUAAACAAGACCUCAGUUUCAACAUACUGGAGCUAGCCCGGAAAAAAGACAAAGAAAGUUCAGAAGAACCUGUAGAAAAUGACAGUACUGUUUCACUGGGGGAGUCAGAAGCAGAGACGGGCUUGGAAACUAUCCUCAAGUUGUUGCAAUUGGCCUAUCAGCAGUUUCCUUGUAGCCUUGAAUCAGAUGUGUUAUAUGCACACUGUUGUUGGGAGUAUAUAGUGCAAUGGAAUAAAGACCCGGAGGAAGCACGUUUUCUCAUUAGGUCUAUAGAUCACCUCAGCUGUAUUGUUAAUUCUCAUGUGCAGCAUGGUAUUGCCCUAAUGAUGUGGAAUACAUUCAUGGUCAAAAGGCUUUCCGCUGCUACAUACCUAAUGGACAAGGUUGGAAAAGCUCCAAAGGACAGAUUAUGCAGAAGGGAUGUAGGUAUGGGUGACACUGCAAUGACAUCUUUUCUGGGUUCUUGUUUAGAUCUACUUCAAAUCUUAAUGGAGGCUGAUAUUAGAAGCGAUGAAAUGCAUGCUCCGAUACUGGAUACAGAAGAUGCCUGGGUGUCUGUAGAAGGGCCCGUUUCAAUAAUAGAGCUAGCUCUUGAGCAGAAACGUAUCCACUACCCGCUUGUCGAACAUCAUUCCAUAUUGUGUACCAUCUUGUAUGGAAUCAUGAGAUUUUCUCUGAAGAGCAUGAAGCCCCUCUCCCUCUUUGACAGUAAGGGCAAAAAUGCAUUUUUCAAGGAUCUUUCUUCAAUUCAGUUGCUGCCCAGUGGAGAUAUGGAUCCAAAUAUUUUAUCCAUACGACAACAACUCUUAAGGAAAAUUGUGACUGCAGCGGUACAUUGUUCAUCACAAAAGGCCAAAGGAAUCUCAGAAGAGAUGUCACUUUCUGCUGAAAGAGAGAAGGACUGGCCAGUUUUGGCUGUGGGGUUGGCUCAACCUCUUCAGGUCAACGAAGAUGUAAUUAGACGGCAUUAUGUGUAUGAAUUGUAUAAUUAUGGAAUGGAUCAUCUUGGAGAAGAGGCCACUCUUCAAGUGCAUGACAAAGAAGUGCUUGCAUCACAACUACUUGUGCUGACAGGUCAGAGAUUGGCCUAUGCUCUGCUACACACUCAGACGAAAGAAGGAAUGGAGCUGUUGGCCAGACUUCCUCCAACACUCUGUACUUGGCUUAAAGCUAUGGACCCCCAGGACCUUCAAAAUGUAGAAGUACCAAUUGCAACAACAGCUAAACUGGUAGAUAAAGUGAUAGAGAACUUGCCAGAAAACCAUGGGCAAUACAGUCUGGCCUUGAAUCUGAUAGAGGCAGUGGAAGCAAUCUCUUCAUCAUGAUCUUCACUACUUUUAGAAAGGAUGUAUUGCAUGAUUUUACACACAGAGGAUGAACUUUAGAGGGGAACUUCUGUGUGGCUUUUGUAAAAUAAAUUUAAAUUUUGAAAAAAUAAAUGCUUUUAAAAUAAUAGUCCAUUCUAAGUUCCACAGUACUGUUAAUAUAACAGAAAUUAGUAACCUUUGUAUACUUGUCAAUACUCAGAUGCUCCAUUAUUUAUUUUUAACUCAAGCACUUUUGCUGUAGCUUAGAUUGUUACAACAGCAAUUUUAAUCCACUAUUUGCAACUUAACCUACUGUGAGAUUCUAUAUUUCAUACUCUGAAGAUGGUAACUGUUCAGUUUGUGUGCUCCAUAUAGACUAGCUUUAUAAAAAGCUGUGUACAGCCUAUGGCAUUCCAUGAAUAUGUAAUGCCUAAGGAAAAAUUUCAGUCUUGGAUUUUUCUGAAAUCUGUGUUUUAGCUGCUUCUGCAAAAGAAACCUAUAUCCUGAAAAGCCAAUAGUAGUUAUUCCUUAAAGGAGGCAGAGGUGAGAUUUAGGUUGGCUUCUUCCUACCACAUGAUGUAUAGUAUUGAUAUGAGAGAUUUUUUUUCUUACUGCUGCAGGCCUUAAAGGAAAUAUCCUAAUUUUUAAAAAAGGAACAUACCCAUUAAAGCUUAAUUUUUGGUCAGUGCUUUUAAAAGUAGAAACAGAUAUAAUUUUACAAAUAGUCUCAUUGUUCAUUCUGUACAGGUGGGUGAAUUGUUAUUGUGAUGGUCCUGCCUAUAUUAGAACUGCAGGAUUGGCCCCUGCCCUUAAUACUUCGACUUGAAGGAGCUUAGUUCCAAAUAACUCAUCUGUGAAUGUCUUUGUGGUAAAAGAUUUUCACAGAUGUAUUUUCUGUAAUGGCAUCAUUGUAACAAAAGUAUAACUUGUAGUCAGUAAUUGUACUUGACUAGCUGACCAAACUGCUGAAGGUGUAUUCAAGGAAAUAACUUACGUUUUAUAAUAUGCUCUGUCACAAAGGGUCUAUCUGUAGUUAGAAUAUCUUAAGUAGUAGUUUGGAGUAUUUUUAAGCUAUUGGAAACAGACCAUUGUUCUUUUGCAGUAGUUAAAUAUCCAUAAUGUACUCUGACAAAUGCAGAAAUGUUUUACAUUCUUUCACAGGAAACAUUCCUUUAGACAGGACUGGAAGUUCAAGAGUGAGAUGACCUGUUUUUGGAUCUGUAUCACUCAUCAUGGAGGUGACAACUAGUAAAGCUAAAUUUGUACUUGUCUACAUGUCUAAAUAUGAACAAGUAAAAUUAUAAUUGCUGAUUAGAUACAGCUGCUUGAAUUUGGUGGUAAUAGUGUCCUAAGUCUCAGGCUACUAGAAGGGACUUGACUUGGUCAUGAUUACCUUCUUGGAUGUGUAUGUUGCUGUCAUUAGCAAAACAAAACAAAAAGCCCACCAAAGUUCAUUUGAAUUAGUUUCAGGAUAACUUCUGUAGGAAAGGAGAACAGUUCCUGUUGUUUCCUAAUCCCUCCACUGUCUUGAAUGAUUAGCAUUCACAAGGAGCUUUACCAUUAUGAUUACUCAGACCAGUCUCCCUUAAACUGAACAAGGGAACUAAUGUUUAGUUACUGAACAGUUUGAAAUUAUGUUGCAUUUCUAAGAGAGCCUUAAUGCUAAAAAUAUGACAGCAUUCAGUUCCUACCUUAAAUAUAGCUAUUAUUUUUACAUAUUAUGAAGUUCAGGUUAGUGGGAGGCUUUGAUUUACAAAAGAAAAACAGUCUUUUAGACUAUUCCAUGUAAAGUACAGAGUAUUGAUAAACUACCUACUGCCAUGAGAUGCACAGAUACAAGAACAAAAGGGUAAGGCAGCUCCAUCCAAUUACAGGCAGCUUAAUCUUCAUUAUGUAACACAUCUGAUGACAAUAUUCUAGAUUUCCAAAGGAACUGUAUUACAGUUUCUCUACACUACAUCCUUGUACAUAUAUAGUACUGUAAAUGAGCUAAUGGUCUGUCUGAAGGGCACCCUGCAGUCUUGUGUGUGAUAAUACUCUAGCUAGCUGUUAAUGAGCUCCCUGGGUACUAGAAGCAUUAUAGCGCCACUAGCCCAGCCAGAGUACUGUGCUAAUUAGCUCAGAGAAAGCACUGCAUUAAUGCUAGUUCCAAUGGCUUGGGUAUUUCUGCAUGACACUGCAUUAUGCUGUCUAGGCCUACCCUUAAUGUAACUAAGAAUCAAGGUCUGAGGGAGUUAUGUGAAAUGCUUACAAACCAAACCUGUAAUGUAUUGUAAGAAAGAUUCUGUAUAUACUGCUAUAUUCUGUGUUCUAUUGCUGUGGAUUUGUGUAAAUUGAUUAAAGCUGGGGCUCAGUUGUACGUCUUUAUCGCUA